GAGCGAGAAGGGUGGCAGAGGAGGCGCGGAGCGGGCGGCGGCGGCGGCGGCCCGAGGAAGAGGAGGAGGAAGAGCAGGCGGAGACGCGGCGCCCGGAGCCGGCCGGACCCAGCCGGGGGCGGGCGAGGAGGGGCGCGGCGGCCGCGGCGGAAGGGGGGGGCGCUCUGCGGAUGGCCAGGCCUGGCCCGCGGGGGGGGUGAGGUCCUCGGCCCUCCCGCCCUCCCCCCCGGCCCCCGCCCGCCCCCUCCCCGGGCCCGCUCGCCCUCCGGGGCGGUGGGGCAUGGCCUGAGGGUCCCCCGUCUCCGGGGGGGUGGGGGGUGGGGGGAGGGGGGAGGGGCCGCGGGCGCCGCCGACCGGGACUCAGCAGCCCCGCCAGGCAGCCGCCUGUGAUGCUGCCGUCCCCCGUCGCCCCGUGGCCCCACAAUGACCCACAGCCCCGCGACAAGCGAGGACGAGGAACGCCACAGUGCCAGCGAGUGUCCCGAGGGGGGCUCAGAGUCCGACAGCUCCCCAGACGGGCCAGGUCGAGGCCCCCGGGGGACCCGGGGCCGGGGCAGUGGGGCACCUGGUAGCCUGGCCUCUGUUAGAGGCCUCCAGGGCCGCUCAAUGUCCGUCCCAGACGACGCCCACUUCAGCAUGAUGGUCUUCAGGAUUGGCAUCCCGGACCUGCACCAGACAAAAUGCCUGCGCUUCAACCCAGAUGCCACCAUCUGGACGGCCAAGCAGCAGGUGCUCUGUGCCCUGAGCGAGAGCCUGCAGGAUGUGCUCAACUAUGGCCUGUUCCAGCCGGCCACCUCGGGCCGUGACGCCAACUUCCUGGAGGAGGAGAGGUUGCUGCGGGAGUACCCCCAGUCCUUCGAGAAGGGGGUGCCCUACCUGGAGUUCCGAUACAAGACCCGAGUUUACAAACAGACCAACCUGGAUGAGAAGCAGCUGGCCAAGUUGCACACUAAGACGGGGUUGAAGAAGUUCCUGGAGUAUGUGCAGCUCGGGACAUCUGACAAGGUGGCGCGACUGCUGGACAAGGGGCUGGACCCCAAUUACCAUGACUCGGAUUCGGGAGAGACCCCCUUGACACUGGCGGCCCAGACUGAAGGCUCUGUAGAGGUGAUUCGAACCCUGUGCCUGGGCGGGGCCCACAUCGACUUCCGGGCCCGGGAUGGCAUGACAGCACUGCAUAAGGCCGCAUGCGCCCGACACUGCCUGGCACUCACGGCGCUCCUGGACCUUGGGGGUUCCCCCAACUACAAGGACCGUCGGGGGCUGACCCCUCUGUUCCAUACGGCUAUGGUGGGUGGUGACCCCCGAUGCUGUGAGCUGCUCCUGUACAACAGGGCCCAGCUGGGCAUAGCUGAUGAGAACGGCUGGCAGGAAAUCCACCAGGCCUGCCAGCGGGGUCACUCUCAGCACCUGGAGCAUCUGCUCUUCUAUGGGGCUGAGCCUGGAGCCCAGAACGCCUCAGGGAAUACAGCUCUGCACAUCUGCGCCCUCUACAACAAGGAGACCUGUGCCAGGAUCCUCCUGUAUCGAGGUGCCGACAAGGAUGUGAAGAAUAACAACGGACAGACGCCGUUCCAGGUGGCAGUGAUUGCUGGGAAUUUUGAGCUGGGGGAGCUGAUCCGAAACCAUCGAGAACAGGAUGUGGUGCCCUUCCAGGAGUCCCCCAAGUAUGCGGCCCGGCGACGGGGGCCCCCGGGCACAGGGCUGACAGUGCCCCCAGCGCUGCUGCGGGCCAACAGUGACACCAGCAUGGCGCUGCCCGACUGGAUGGUGUUCUCCGCCCCGGGGGCCUCGUCCUCUGGGGCCCCUGGCCCUACCUCAGGGUCCCAGGGCCAGUCGCAGCCCUCGGCCCCCACCGCCAAGCUCAGCAGCGGGACCCUCCGAAGUGCCAGCAGCCCCCGGGGUGCCAGGGCCCGCUCUCCAUCCCGAGGGAGGCACCCUGAGGACGCCAAGAGGCAGCCCCGAGGCCGGCCCAGCUCCAGCGGGACACCCCGGGAAGGGCCAGCCGGGGGCACGGGGGGCUCAGGGGGCCCCGGGGGCUCCCUGGGCAGCCGCGGGAGGCGGAGGAAGCUCUACUCAGCAGUACCCGGGCGCUCCUUCAUGGCUGUGAAGUCGUACCAGGCCCAAGCCGAGGGGGAGAUCUCCCUGAGCAAGGGCGAGAAGAUCAAAGUACUUAGCAUCGGGGAAGGAGGCUUCUGGGAAGGCCAGGUCAAAGGUCGUGUUGGCUGGUUCCCGUCUGACUGCCUGGAAGAGGUGGCCAAUCGCUCUCAGGAGAGUAAGCAAGAAAGCCGCAGUGACAAGGCAAAGAGACUCUUCCGGCAUUAUACCGUGGGCUCCUACGACAGCUUUGAUGCCCCAAGCUUAAUGGAUGGGAUUGGCCCAGGGAGCGAUUACAUCAUUAAGGAAAAGACAGUCUUGCUGCAGAAGAAGGACAGUGAGGGGUUUGGGUUCGUGCUCCGGGGGGCCAAGGCGCAGACCCCCAUCGAGGAGUUCACCCCCACCCCGGCCUUCCCGGCGCUGCAGUAUCUGGAGUCGGUGGACGAGGGUGGCGUGGCAUGGCGAGCUGGACUACGAAUGGGAGAUUUCCUCAUCGAGGUGAACGGGCAGAAUGUGGUGAAGGUCGGCCACCGACAGGUGGUGAACAUGAUCCGCCAAGGGGGCAACACGCUGAUGGUGAAGGUGGUGAUGGUCACCAGGCACCCGGACAUGGAUGAGGCAGUGCACAAGAAAGCACCCCAGCAGGCCAAGCGGCUGCCACCCCCAACCAUCUCCCUGCGUUCCAAAUCUAUGACCUCAGAGCUGGAGGAGAUGGAGUACGAGCAGCAGCCGGCGCCGGUGCCCAGCAUGGAGAAAAAGCGGACCGUGUAUCAGAUGGCUCUCAACAAACUGGACGAAAUCCUGGCCGCGGCUCAACAGACCAUCAGUGCAAGCGAGAGCCCUGGGCCCGGUGGCCUCGCGUCCCUGGGCAAACACCGACCCAAAGGCUUCUUUGCCACUGAGUCGAGCUUCGAUCCCCACCACCGUGCCCAGCCAAGUUACGAGCGUCCUUCUUUCCUGCCUCCAGGACCUGGGCUGAUGCUCCGGCAAAAAUCUAUCGGGGCGGCAGAAGAUGAGAGACCUUACCUAGCACCCCCAGCCAUGAAAUUCAGCCGCAGCCUGUCUGUGCCUGGUUCGGAGGACAUUCCCCCGCCACCCACCACGUCCCCACCGGAGCCCCCCUAUAGCACACCUCCAGCCCCCUCCUCCUCAGGGCGCCUCACCCCCUCCCCUCGGGGAGGGCCCUUCAACCCCGGCUCUGGUGGCCCCCUCCCCGCCUCCUCCCCUGCAUCCUUUGACGGGCCCUCCCUUCCCGACACCCGCGUGGGGAGCCGCGAGAAGAGCCUGUACCACAGCGGGCCCCUGCCCCCUGCCCACCACCACCCGCCCCACCACCACCACCACCACGCCCCGCCCCCCCAGCCCCACCACCACCACGCCCACCCUCCUCAUCCUCCGGAGAUGGAGACAGGUGGCUCUCCCGACGACCCUCCACCCCGCCUAGCUCUGGGGCCCCAGCCCAGCCUGCGAGGCUGGAGGGGCGGCGGGCCCAGCCCGACCCCGGGGGCUCCGUCCCCGUCCCAUCACGGCAGCGCAGGCGGGGGCGGCGGCUCCUCCCAGGGCCCGGCUCUGCGCUAUUUCCAGCUGCCCCCGCGGGCGGCCAGCGCAGCCAUGUACGUGCCCGCCCGCUCGGGCCGCGGCCGCAAGGGCCCGCUGGUCAAGCAGACCAAGGUGGAAGGCGAGCCCCAGAAGGGCGGCGGCCUCCCGCCUGCGCCGUCGCCCACGUCCCCGGCCUCCCCGCAGCCGCCGCCCGCAGUGGCCGCGCCCUCGGAGAAGAACUCCAUCCCCAUCCCCACCAUCAUCAUCAAGGCCCCGUCCACCAGUAGCAGCGGCCGCAGCAGCCAGGGCAGCAGCACCGAGGCGGAGCCCCCCACCCAGCCCGAGCCUGCGGGAGGCGGCGGCGGCGGCGGCGGCGGCUCCUCUCCCAGCCCCGCCCCGGCCAUGUCGCCCGUGCCGCCGUCCCCCUCGCCCGUGCCCACCCCCGCCUCGCCCAGCGGCCCGGCCACGCUGGACUUCACCAGCCAGUUCGGGGCCGCCCUGGUGGGGGCGGCCCGGAGGGAGGGGGGCUGGCAGAAUGAGGCGCGCCGGCGCUCCACGCUGUUCCUUUCCACCGACGCGGGGGACGAGGACGGCGGAGACGGCGGGCUGGGCACAGGGGCGGCCCCGGGCCCGCGGCUGCGCCACUCCAAAUCCAUCGACGAGGGCAUGUUCUCCGCCGAGCCCUACCUCCGACUGGAGUCUGCGGGCAGCGGCGCGGGCUACGGCGGCUACGGGGCCGGGAGCCGAGCCUACGGGGGUGGCGGGGGCAGCAGCGCCUUCACCAGCUUCCUGCCCCCGCGACCCCUGGUGCACCCGCUGACCGGCAAGGCCCUGGAUCCCGCCUCCCCGCUGGGGCUGGCCUUGGCCGCCCGCGAGCGAGCGCUGAAGGAGUCCUCGGAGGGCGGUGGGCCCCCCCAGCCCCCUCCUAGGCCCCCAUCGCCCCGCUACGAGGCCCCGCCGCCCCCUCCGCACCACCACUCGCCCCACGCCCACCACGAGCCAGUGCUGCGUCUCUGGGGGGCCUCCCCGCCGGAUCCCGCGCGCCGGGAGCUGGGGUACAGGGCCGGGCUGGGCAGCCAGGAGAAGUCCCUUCCCGCCAGCCCGCCCGCCGCCCGGCGUUCCCUGCUACACCGCCUGCCGCCCACCGCUCCCGGGGUGGGGCCCCUCCUGCUGCAGCUGGGGACGGAGCCCCCGGCCCCGCAUCCUGGAGUGAGCAAGCCCUGGAGGUCCGCAGCCCCCGAAGAGCCCGAGCGGCUGCCGCUGCACGUGCGGUUCCUUGAAAACUGCCAGCCCCGGGCCCCUGCGACGAGCGGAAGGGGCCCCCCCUCGGAGGACGGACCCGGGGUCCCGCCGCCCAGCCCACGCCGGUCCGUGCCCCCCUCCCCGACCUCCCCGAGGGCCAGCGAAGAGAACGGGCUGCCACUGCUGGUUCUGCCGCCGCCCGCCCCCUCGGUGGAUGUGGAAGAUGGCGAAUUCCUUUUCGUGGAACCGCUGCCUCCGCCCCUGGAAUUCUCCAACAGCUUCGAAAAGCCGGAGUCGCCCCUCACGCCUGGGCCUCCCCACCCGUUGCCCGACCCACCUGCCCCGGCCACCCCGUUACCCCCUGUGCCACCCCCGGCUGUGGCCGCAGCCCCUCCCACCCUGGACUCCACCGCAUCCAGCCUGACAUCCUAUGACAGCGAGGUGGCCACCCUGACCCAGGGGGCCUCCGCCGCCCCUGGGGACCCCCCUCCACCAGGCCCGCCUGCCCCAGCAGCACCGGCUCCCCCUGCCCCACAGCCCGGCCCGGACCCUCCGCCUGGCACGGAUUCUGGCAUUGAGGAGGUGGACAGUCGGAGCAGCAGUGACCACCCGCUGGAGACCAUCAGCAGUGCCUCCACGCUGAGCAGUCUAUCUGCUGAAGGUGGUGGCAGCGCAGGGGGUGGGGCCGGUGUGGCCAGUGGGCCGGAGCUUCUGGACACCUAUGUGGCCUACCUGGACGGCCAGGCCUUUGGGGGCAGCGGCACUCCCGGCCCGCCAUACCCUCCUCAGCUCAUGACUCCCUCUAAGCUCCGGGGUCGGGCACUAGGAGCCAGCGGAGGCCUGAGGCCUGGCCCCAGUGGGGGACUCCGAGACCCUGUCACCCCCACCAGCCCCACCGUCUCGGUGACAGGGGCUGGAACCGAUGGGCUGCUGGCCUUGCGUGCUUGUUCAGGACCCCCCACGGCAGGCGUGGCUGGGGGUCCAGUGGCUGUAGAGCCAGAAGUCCCACCGGUGCCCUUGCCGACGGCCUCCUCUCUGCCUCGGAAGCUGCUGCCCUGGGAAGAGGGCCCAGGCCCACCGCCACCACCUCUGCCCGGUCCCCUGGCCCAGCCUCAGGCCUCAGCCUUGGCCACAGUAAAAGCCAGCAUCAUCAGUGAACUCAGCUCCAAGCUUCAGCAGUUUGGGGGCUCCUCGGCAGCUGGUGGCGCUCUGCCCUGGGCCCGAGGAGGCAGCGGGGGAAGUGGAGACAGCCACCAUGGGGGAGCCAGCUACGUCCCGGAGAGGACCUCCUCCCUGCAGCGGCAGAGACUCUCCGACGACUCCCAGUCCUCACUCCUCUCCAAGCCUGUCAGCAGCCUGUUUCAGAACUGGCCCAAACCACCUCUGCCACCGCUCCCCACCGGAACAGGGGUCUCCCCUACAGCCGCUGCGGCCCCAGGGGCCACCUCACCCUCGGCCUCCUCCUCCUCCACGUCCACCCGCCACCUCCAGGGCGUGGAGUUCGAGAUGCGGCCCCCUCUGCUCCGCCGGGCCCCCAGCCCCUCGCUGCUGCCCGCCUCGGAGCACAAGGUCAGCCCUGCGCCCAGGCCCUCGUCCCUGCCCAUCCUGCCUUCUGGACCCCUCUACCCAGGCCUCUUUGACAUCCGUGGCUCCCCAACUGGAGGGGCAGGAGGCUCCGCUGACCCCUUCGCCCCAGUCUUUGUGCCGCCACACCCGGGUAUAUCCGGGGGGCUCGGGGGAGCCUUGUCAGGGGCCUCGCGCUCCCUCUCACCGACCCGCCUGCUCUCGCUGCCCCCGGACAAGCCGUUUGGCGCUAAACCUCUGGGGUUCUGGACCAAGUUCGACGUGGCUGAUUGGCUAGAGUGGCUGGGUUUGGCGGAGCACCGAGCCCAGUUCCUGGACCAUGAGAUCGAUGGCUCCCACCUGCCCGCCUUGACCAAGGAGGACUAUGUCGAUCUAGGUGUGACCAGGGUGGGCCACCGCAUGAACAUCGACCGGGCUCUCAAAUUCUUCCUGGAGAGGUGAUGGCUGGCCUGGACGGACCAGCCCCGUCCACAGAACUCUUGAGCCUGCUGGCCUCUUGACCUCUGACCCCUGACUGUCAUUCUCUCCCCCGGGCCAGGGACUCUGUUCAAACUGCGCCCUGCCCUCGUCUCCCAAGGCCAGAGGUCACU